AUGGGCAUGACGGAGAAAUCGCGACUCCACGUCCAGCUCGACACGCACGUGGACGACAGGACUGCCGUCGGCAGCACACCUGGACGCAGGCCUCGGCGGCUCGCGGGGACGCCAGUGGAGCUCGACCGCUUGUCGGGCCAGCGCGAAGACCAGGGCAAGUUCAGGGUGCGCGACCUGCCACGUGGCAUCGUUCCAAACACCCGCGUCGACUCGCUCGGCGUGCGCUUGGACCUCGCGGGCAAAACUACCCACCGAGGAUGGGGCCAGCGCGAGGCCGCCGGCGAGGCCUUGUCAGCCCAGCGACGGGUCCUUCGCGUCCAGGAGAUCGUGUCCGAGAUGGGCUUCUUCCUUGCAGAGUUGCCGUUCCAUUGCAUCUUCUGCGGGGAGCAGGCGUGUCUGGACACCAGUCGCCAGCGCCAGCUCGGCCACUUGGUCCAGGACGCCUGGCGAGCAUGCAUUUCGGCCGUCUCGACGUCCAGCCGCCGGGUGGACAUCGCAGUGCGCAGCAUCUGCGUGGACAGCUGGCGCCACUUCAUCGGCGGCAAACAGGGCCCGCGAGACAGACCAUGGGCGUGGAUGUGCUGCGUGGGUGCGGAUGCUUUCUGCGGACAGUUCGCCGUGAUGGACGACCUCUACGACCGCUUCCGGGCCUUCGUGGGCGGCGUCGACCCGGACGACUGGUUCACGCAGACCAUGUUCGGCCAGAUGGAUGGUGAACUCGUUCGCCUGGGUGGCUCCAGCGACGUUGUUCUCCUGAGCCACGGCGUAGACGCGCGGGCAGGGCGCACCCCCGUGGCCCUCGCGGGCCCCGAGACGCGCCUCGCCCGCGGGGAGCGCCUGCGGCGCGCCGUCCUCGCUGCUGCUGCGGCUGCUGCCAGCUGCACCGCGAGGCGCAGAGAACGACGCGGCGAGGACGGCAACGGCGGCGACUCUACGCAGGGGACUUCUCCCGAGCGCUGGGUGCAGCUCCGCCGCGCUGCCGUCCUGGGCGGCUUGGGGCUUUCCGGCGAGCCACUCGGAGGCCCCGCGGGCGGGCUCUGCGAGCGCGGCGGCGCGCACCUCGUCGGCGGGCUGCUGCGAGAGUCCGCGGGCGGCCCCUCUCCGAGGGAGCCCGUCGGGGCCGACGAGGGUCGCCCUGCGGCGCGGAUGCUCCGCCGCCCCUGCGGCAGGUCCGUGGGCGGGUGCUUGUUGGUCAAGAACGUGCGAUGCCAACGCCAGUGCGUCGCUGCCCCGCCUGUCAUGGCCGAAUCCUGCGCGACUCCUGGGCGCGCCCUGGGCGUCGGGCGCGCUGGCGCCGUCGGCCUGAUCGGCCGCCGCGGGGCGUCCGCGGGAGAAGGGGCCGCCAUCGCCGAGGGCGUCAGCCGCUGCGCCGACGAGGUGGCGAUCGCGGCAGCUCGCGGCCCCCGCCUGCUGCGGACGGAGUGCGCCCUGGCCGCCGGCGCGGGCCACGCCGACGAGGGGGCCGCGGGGGAACCCGAGCCGCUCGAGCCAGACGGCCUGUGGCCCGCCUCGUGGGACGACGAGACCCAGGGGGCUGUGUUGGCAACUUGCGAGAAGGACGACGACGAGAUUGCGCCUUCGAGCGACAUCCCUGGCAAGGACUGGGACCCCACGCGGCUGCUGGGCCCCACCUGGGCCGAGCGGCACGCGCCGGCGCGCACCGGCGCCGACAACGCCCGCUACCUCGCGGAGCACGCCCGGAAGCACAGGGCGUCGGAUCCCUUCUGGACCUGGUGCCGGAAGAAUGCCGGUUGCCACUUCCUGGGAAGGACGUUCCACCUCGAGGACAUCGACGCCGCCGAGGUGCUGUGCAGGACUGGAGGAUAGGGCCGAGCGGUGGCCCCCGCCGGGCUGCGCGGGCGCGGGGCCCGGCCCGGGCGCCCGCGGCGCGGCGCGGGGG